CGGUCUCGCAUAGAUGAAAUUCGUGCGAUCCAUCUCAGAACCAUCAGAGUGUAAAUUCCUAACUGAAGAUGGCAGACGGUAAGUCUGUCAAGGUCGGAACUCGAGUGGAGCUGACAGACAAAGGUCUGGUAGGAUCUGUGGCUUACGUUGGGACUACACUCUUCUCCAGUGGUAAGUGGAUCGGUGUGGUUCUGGAUGAAGAAAAAGGAAAGAACAAUGGAACGGUGCAGGGGAAGACGUAUUUUACAUGUGACCCGAAUCAUGGAAUAUUUGUCAGACAGUCACAGAUCACAAUCUUGGAUGAGGGACCUGGACAAAAGACCCCAGUAUCGACCCCGGCCAGCAAACUUCCCUCAACCUCCUCAGCCAAGAAAUCAGCUCUCAGGCCUCCAAGUUACGCUGGCAAAAGUUCUGAGAAUUUGGCUGAAUUGAGUGGGACCCCAAAGAAGGCCCCCAGUGUGCCCUCUGACCUUUCAAAAAUUGGUACUGGUAGUGGCCUCUCGACCCCUAAGGGUCGAGGGUCAAUGUCAAGGUUACCAGGGCCUAAGUCUGGACGUGAGAGCAGCAGUAGAGAGUCAACACCUAGUGAGGAAAAUCUGGCAGAAUCCCAAAGAGGCACCCCAAAGGGAACUCAGAAAAAGACGGAUUCUAUUCCCGACUUGUCCUCCAUGGCCCGGUCACUGGACAGCUCAUUGCUGACCGCUGGACCAGAGAUGUCAAGUCUACAACAGCAACAGGAGAUGGAGGGGCUCAAAGCCGAGAUAAAGGAUCUCAACGAGAAACUGGACACGCUGAAGAUAAAGCGAGCCGAGGACAAGGCCAAACUGAAGGAGUUCGAGAAAGCCAAGAUUCAGCUUCAACAGCUCCAAGAAUACAAAAGUAAGAUGCAGGAAACACAGAAAGAUUUACAACAACAGCUUCAGGCAGCCAAAAAGGACGCCAAGGAUAUCCAGGAGAGCUUUGAUCGCUAUAAAGACGAGAUGUCUGACCUCGCGGAGACUGUAGAAAUCGCAACACUAGAUAAAGAAAUGGCUGAGGAGAAGGCAGAAGGACUACAGCAGGAGGUGGACACACUCAAAGAGCGAGCCGAGGAGCUCUCCAUGGAUCUCGAGAUUCUCAAGAAUGAGAUCAGUGAGAAAGGGACCUCAGGUGUAGCAUCAGAGUACGAACUUAAACAGAAAGAUCAACAGAUCGAGAGACUGAGAGAGGCCCUCGUUAAAAUGAGGGAUUUGUCAAACCAAGAAAAACAGGAGGUACAGAGAUUGACCAAAGCUAACGAGAAAUUUACCACAGAAAUAACGAACCUGAAGAAAGACAAGGAGAGAUUCGCAGGAGAGGUGGAGCAGCUGUCACAACAAAUGAUUGACCUCAAAGAACAGGUGGAUGCCGCUCUGGGAGCUGAGGAGAUGGUAGAGACCUUGACAGAUAGAAAUCUCGCCCUGGAGGAAAAGAUUCAGGAACUCGAGGAGGAAAAGGCUGACCUGGAGGCCCUGCAUGAUAUGAAUGAAGAGCUACAGGAAACAGCCAGAGAGGCCGAGUUAGAAUUACGUGAAGAGCUGGACCUAGCAACAGGACGGGCCAACGAGUUUAAAAGAAAACUUGAUGCCACUUCUGAAACCUUUGCGGACUACGAAGCAACCAUCGGCAAAUUUAGAGACUUAGUAUCCACUUUGCAGGACACGAUUCGUGAUAUGAGAAGCAGACAGGAAGAGACCGAGCAAAAGUCCGAGGCCACUCCCACGAUAGAGGUCAUCGACUUCAAAACAAAGUUUGCCGAGUCUAAAGCGUACGCCAAGACUAUAGACAUGGAGCUAAGAAAACUGGAAGUACAACAGGCCAACAGACAUGUAGGGUUGUUACAGUCCUUUAUGGGAGACAGCUUCAUGAACAGGGGAGGUGACCAUGACGCUAUCCUGGUAUUACUUAUGAUUCCACGCAUCAUCAGUAAAGCGGAACUGUUAGCCUCACAGGUCAAGGACAAGUUUGAGAUGACGGAUGAGGUCAACAGAGAGAGUGUGUUGAAGAAUCAUGGAGCCGAGCAGUGUAGCUUCUCCAGAACUCUUGUUCUUCUGCUGAGUACACUACAGGGCAUCAUGAGGCAGUAUGACUUUGCAUUGAAGACAUGCAGUGAGGAGUUACUGCUGAAGAUCGGAACCUUACUCCCCGAGAUAAGUGCCCACGAGACUUCCGUGGAUUACUUCAUUGAACUUCUCAGGAAGGAUCAGCUGGACGAGACCAUUUCUCUGGAUCUUCUGGAAAAAUCAAUCAGCUAUUUCCAGCAACUGCAUUCAGUGCAUCUGUCCCAAGAAAAGGUGGAUUGUACAGCUAUGAUGGCUGACCAAGUAAAGCUUGUACAGAGUGCCACAGAAUGUGUGUCUACAGAUAUCGCACGCCUUAAAGUUCUACUGAUGCCUGGGCAGGAGAAAGCUGAAAUAGCCAUUCUGUUUAAGGACCUGGAGAACUGUAACAAUGAUACCAAGAUGUGUGCAAGAAAAAUAAAGAGAAGACUUCCUCAAGGCGAUGGCUCUGCUACACCACUGUCCUUUGGAAAAGAGGUUCAGGAUUUGAUACUAGACUGCAGUAAGAACAUCACCAUGGUAACAAAGACGCUUCACCUUCUGGCAGCUGGAGCCAUGCAGCAGGCAGCUCUAAUGACGGGAGGAAAACUGGAGGACUACCAUGACUCUGAAGGUCUGAUGCCAAAAAAGAUUUUCUGCUUCUUCUCUGAAAUCGCUUUCCAAUUUGAACCAUUUGGCACAAAGUGUAAAGGCAAAGACGACGCUGGACCUUACGAAUGUCUGAGGACGUCGUUUGGUAAAAUCGUGGGUACAAUGAAUAAGGUGGCUAAUGCUAUGGAGAAUGGAGAGUAUGACUUUGACGGUACUCACGACAAAACGCCUGUGCCACCUGUGGUGCUGAGAGCUAAGACUGUUAAAGCCCAGAUCGCUGAGAUGGAUCAGAUGAAGCACAAAAUGGAGGCCAAGGAAGACAGCGUGAAGGAACUCAAACUGGAGAUCAAAAAGAAGCGAGAGGAAGUGAGUGAGAUGCAGGUCAGAAUCGGCCUUCUGGAGAAGAAAUUAGAGAACGCGACAAAAGAUGGGGACAGCAAGCUGGACAAGCUACAGCGAAAACACGACGAGCUCCUGGCUCAGCUCAGAAAGAAAGAAAAGGAAUUUGAGGAGACAAUGGAUGCUCUACAACAGGACAUUGACACUCUGGAACAAGAGAAAAUAGAACUCAAGGAGAGGCUGAAAAUACUCUCCAAGAAAACACUCAUCGAGGGAAUCACCAGGCAAGCUACACAACCAGCUUCCUCCCCAGGGUCUCCUGUCCACUCAGGGGGAGGUUUCCCCAUACAGGACUCCCCCUACCUCAUACAACAGAUCACUUCACUGAGAGAGGCUUUGAAGUCAGUAAAGGAUGAGAACAUUAGACUGAAGUCAGACAAAAUGAAGGAACAAAUGGCUAAAUUACCUCCCUUGAGAGUUCCCAAGAAGUCUGUGGGUUUGUCCAGUACUCCUGGUGUGACCAAAGAUUUACCAGAGGACGCGACAGGGAGAGAUCAGCUGACCAGUCUCCGCAAGGACACAGUUAAACUGCUGGGGGAAGUGAAUAUGAUGUGUGCCUGCCCUAGAGUUAUUGAUAUCACCAAACGAAAGCCUGGACAUGAGCCUUUGACAGAGACCAGUAACCCGGCGCGUGAGUUGGUGGCCAGAACUGCUCGACUGACCUUAAUGGAGAAGAAAACUCAACAGCUACAAGUCCAGAUCACCAACCUCCUGGCUGCUAACAGAACGGGGGGACAGGUCAGGACCGACCUGUCAACAUUCCCCACCCCAGAGUUCGCCAGGAUGUUACAUGAGAAGAGCGCGGAGAGCCAGCUGAUAGGGCGUAUAUCUAUACCAACCAAGUCAGGACAAGGGGAGAUAAUACCGCUUAAUCUCCAGCCAACACGAUUAAAAGAAAUCCACUCGGCCUUCGUUCACUGAUUUAGUGUGGGAUUUAGAUAAAUUAUUUACUGAGGUGUAGAGGCUGAAGAGAAAUUCUGUCCGCUUGGUGGAUGUUUUGUUGUGCAAUAUUCUUAAAGAAAUUGUUUCACUGACUAGGGGGGAAAUAACUUGCAGUGUUCAUUACACUAAAUUCUUGCUUUGGAUGAAAUCAGAAUUUCAAGAAAUAAUAGAUUAGAUUUAAGAUAAACAAUAAGCACAAGUUUCUCUGAUGUUAACAUUUUUGAAUCAGUUUGUUUUGCACAUGUACUUGUAUUAGUUUUGUGAAGAGUAAACUACAUGUAAAGUUAGAAAAAAUAAUAUGCAAAGAAAGCAAUACUUUUAACAUCAGUUUACUUAAAAAGUUUUCUUUAAGUGGAGAAAUCGGAAAACAUAUAUACUACAGUAUAUAUUCCAUUAAGUGUAAAAUGGAGUUAUCAUGAAUUUACUUAUAAAAAUGAUGAACAAAUGUUAGAUAUCAAUUUUGAUGUGUUGUUAACAGCAUGUGUAAUAUUUAUUUUGAACAAAUUUGAAAGAUGAAAAGUUACAGACCAGAGUUAUCAUGUAUUGCAUACUAGUAGAUGUUAACUUGUAAUUCACAUUUGAUUUUUGAAAACAUUUUUUUUGUAUAAUAUGUCAAUUCUCUUUAUUAAUGACAAAUUUCGAGGAAAGUGCUGUGAAAGAAUCUUUAAAGUAUCUGCACCCAACUCUCUUCAUUUAACAAGGAAGACAGAUGGGGCUUAACUGGGAAAAAAUGACAUUUCUCUAUCAUGGUACAUGUAAUGCUUGAUAAUAAAUAGUGCUAUUUAUA